AGACAUGCAUAAAAAAAAUAUGGAUAGAGGGACCAGAAGUACAAAAGAAUGUGUUAAAGGGCUUUUUAUAGAAGGUUUGGCAUGAAUAUAUUGGCAAAUUCUCUCUCCCUUUCCUCUAUCCAUUCCCUUCCCACUUGUGUACUACCAGCUUGCACUCACUUUUCCAAAAGAUUGAGCUGUUAGAAAGGUAAUUACUACCAAAAAUGAGAAGCUCCCUCACCUCUCAAGACAAGGCCACAUUUUCUAAAUUAGCCUGUGGUUUAUGUGUUGGUAUGUAUUACAUGUAUAAACAAGGAAAUAUGGCAUUCUCUGCUCUAGCAAUUUAUUGUUACUGAAAAAAUAUAUAUACCCAACUCUUACAGGAGAGCAUUGGUUUGCUGGUACUUGUUGUUUGGUCUCACAUAAACCCCUGAACUCUGAGUGAUACUGGGGAAGAAAGGUGAGAAUAUAGGAGAAACAGAUACCAAAGGAAAAGAAACAAGAAAGAAGAAUUGUAGGAAGUGUGACUCGGAAGUAAAGAUGGAUGAGGAAGAGCUGUGUGGAAGCUGUGGUGACGAGGAGAGAAAGAAACAGGUGGAGAAACUGGAUGUGUGUGGAGGAAACAAGAAACCUGUGAAAGGAAGAUACAAGGGGCUUAACUGUGAGAUUUCAGGUGAGCUGGACUCCACAAUGUCUCGUGGCCGUGAGCGGGAACGCCGGCGCUCACACAGCCACAGCCGUAGCAGAAGUCGCAGCAGAGGUCGGAACUUCUCACCAGGACGAAGAGGAAUUUCUGAUGUUACCUCCGACCCUAAGACAGUUAAUGCACGGAUAUUUGUUGGCAGCAUCAGUGUGUUCAUGACAAGAGAAAUGCUGCAAGAAUAUUUUUCCCAGUACGGACGCGUUGUAGGAGUGUCCAUAACAAGACACAAGUUUGGCUUUGUGCAGUUUGAAGAGGAGGAGGAAGCAGCAGCAUGUCUAAGGGCAGGUAACACGGCACACAUCUCAGGAAAAAGAGUUGAUGUGAAGCCAGCAAAGAUUAGUGGUGGUAUGGGUGUGGGUAUGCAACCUGUUGGUGGCUUCCGGCGCAGCCGCUACAGUGACAGUAGAGAGAGGUCUCCAUCAGGGAGGGGAGAUGAAGACUAUUAUAAUGAUUAUUAUGGGCGUGGAGGCAGCGGCAAUGGAAGUGCUGGAGGUGGAGGAGGAGGUGGGGGAGGGGGAGGAGGUGGUGGGGGUGGUGGCAGUGGUGGGGGUGGAGGAGGAGGAGGAGGAGGUGGUGGUGGUGGUGGUGGUGGUGGUGGUGGUGGUGGAGGCAGAGGCCGGGAGCGAGACCGUGAUAGAGGAGGACGGGGUCGAGGUCAUUACGAAGACAUGUAUGAUAACUACUACCGGGGGUACUACCAGCGUUAUGAUGACUCAUAUCAGCGGCCCCCUGCCCCCGAGAUGGAAACUCCUCGUCAUGCCCCACCCCGGGACUACCCAAGCUACAAUGAGCCCAUGGACCCCUUGGAUCCCAACCGACCAAACGAUGUGGAAAUUGUUGUUCCGAACAAGAUGCAGAGAGAUUAUGCAGAAAGCAUUGAGGCACAGCUGAAGUCCUUCAACAUGAUGGUGGAUCUACUGUUCCCUCCACCAGACAUCCUCCCGUCACAAGUGCUGACUGACCUCAGUCAGCGCAGGUGUCUCUAUGCCAUCUUCGUUACCGCUGAAAAUGAGAGCCAUCACUCCCUCACCCUCAACAUUCUCCACGGCAGUCCACAAGAUGCAGGAAAGGAAUGUGUCUUACGAUGCUGCUGGGGUAGAGCAGUUCUACUAUCGGGCCCUGAUGCAGAGAGACCCGGGUUUGCUGCGCAGCUGACCCCUGCACAAUGUGAACACCGCAACAUGCCGGUUGAUGACGCUUUGCGUUUAAUUGAACAAAAUUUUGAGGAAUACGUCAAGAAAGCCUGUCAACGGAAUAUUCGUGAGGUUGUGCCCCGAGAUAUUCGCAAUUUGCUCCUUGAUUUGCUUGAGAUGCGUCCCCUCUCCAUGGGUGACCUGGACAAGUUGAUCAAGUACCUGAAGGAGCGACAAAGCAUGCUGGUGGAUGACCAAAUUGAGCAGAAGCGAGAAACGGCAGCAGGAGCCAGUGCCAGCCGACCCAUGACAGUUACUUACCCUGGGUAUAAUUAUGGUUCCAACAAUGUGGUGGGGUCUGAUACCCCUGUAAGCCAGAGCACUACAGUAGCCACUGCUGCUCCAGGUACUGUUAGUGUGGUUCCUCAACCAUCAGCAGCAGCAGCUGCAGCAGCUGCUGCAGCUGCUGCUGCUGCUGCUGCUGUUUCAGGUAGUGCGUAUCCUACUUACGGGAGUGUGCCAGGUUUAACGAGUGGGGUAUACAGUGCGUAUGGAGUGGGUGCCCCAGUGCCAGCCACUCCAGUUGCUGCUCCCAUGAUCACUGCCGGGUCCAUUGGGAGCACAGGAAAUAAGCAGGCUGAGCUACAAGAAAGAAUACUUAAUUUGAUGAAGGGUCCUGCUGGUGGAGGAGUACCAACUGGUGUUCCACCUCCAUCAGGUGUGCCUGCCCCUACAGGUGUACCACCUCCCUCAGGGGUGCCACCACCUAGUAUGGUGCCACCUGUUUGGCCACCUGGUAUGACAAGCCAUUCAAAUAAGGCCACGUCUUCUCCAGCAGUAAAAGUAUCUCAAUCAGGUGCUCCUGGACAAAGCACACUUUUUGCUGCUUACACCCCAUGGAAUCAGUGAGUUGGAAAAAUAAUAAAUCUGGCUUUUGAUAGAAUUUGAUAUUUUUUUCAGAUUCCACCCAGAAUGUACAAUUUUUAGGUGAAGUGAAAAUUGUAGAUUUGAAAGCCCCUCAAAUUGUUGCAGUCUAAGAUUUUAUAGUAUUGCGCGUACAGUCAUGACGCAUCUUUCCUGUUCAUUAAUAGGAAGGCUCAGUAAUUUCAGAAGUAGAAAGUGAAAACAAAGGUUGUAUGAGCCUGUCUUGGAUAUUAUGGUCAUUAUUUUUAUAAGUGGUCAGAAAGUAUUCUCCAGUGUGGUCCCAAGAAUCUUUCCUUUAUUAUAUAUAAAAAAACUUUUUAUAGUUUUCCAUGCAUAUGUAGUAUAUUUAAUAAAAUUUUGUCAGAGAUAUAACAA